AAAAAUUGCGGAGGGAAAUAAUUCGAAAAAAAAUUUGUUUCAUUCAAAUUAAAAUAUAGAGUUAAAAUGUUUUAUCAACUUUUUCUACUAGUAACAACAUUAUUGUCGAUAUACAUUUGGAAGCAAAGGCAUUCUUAUUAUUUAACAUGGAAAUUGGGUGGAUCAUUUGGUUAUCCUUUUUUAGGAAGCUUAAUAAAAUUUUCUAAUCGAACUGAUGUUUUACAUGUCCUGGCAAAGGAGGAAGAAAAACAUAAAUCGCCAUAUGUAGAAUGGUUAGGACCAUUAUGUGUUGUUGUAUCAAGUGAUCCAGAUACAAUGGAAACGAUUUUAACAUCACCAAAAUGUGUUAAUAAGAGUUUUGUUUACAAUUUCUUACGUGAUAUAAUUGGUGAUGGACUUUUCACCUCAAAUGUACCAUUAUGGAAUACUCGUGUUAAAAUUGUUAAACCAACUUUUAAGAGACGAAUGAUAUUAGGUUUUUAUAAUGUAUUUAAUGAAGAAGCGAAAAAAUUUCUUUGUCGUAUAGAAGAAGGUGGCAAUAAUGAAAAUUUUUCAUUAUUUUUUAAUAUACAAUUAGCAGCUUUAAUAGCAACAUGCCAAACAACACUUGGAGAUUCACAUUCGGAUGCAGAAAAGGUGGAUUUCAGAGUUAUUUUAGAAUCAUUUUCAUAUUUAAUGUAUGCCAUGAUUGAUAGGAUGUUUAAACCAUAUUAUUUUGAUUCCAGAAUUUAUAAUUUAACUAAUCAUUACAAAAAUGCUUGCAAACAUAGAAGUAUAAUUGUAGAUUUUGUUCAUAAGAAAGUUAUUUCAAAGAAAUUACAAAUUCAAGAACAAUAUAAAAAAAAGUUGGAAAACAAUAGUAAUGAUUAUGAUGAUGACAAUGAAUUUAAAUCACCAUUAUCUUUGUUAGAGUAUAUUUGCAUUAACAAUGAAAAUUGUUUAUCAACAGAAGAACUAGAAAGUGAAAUAUAUGUAUUGAUUGCAGCGGGAUUUGAAACUACUGCCGUAGCUCUAUAUUGUGCUAUUAUGUGUAUAUCAAUGCAUGAAGAAGAACAAGAAAAAUUAUAUGAAGAAUUAUGUGAUAUUUUACCAGAUAGAAAUACGGAUAUUACAGAAGAGCACAUAAAAGAUUUAAGAUAUACUGAAAUGUGUAUAAAUGAAUCAAUGCGUGUUAUAUCACCAGUACCAGUUGUUGGACGUGUUACAAUGGAUAGAGUUGAAUUAAAAAAUGGUAUAAUAUUAGAGAAAAAUACAGAUGUUAUGUUAGAUAUAUUUAAUAUGCAACGUAGUAAAAAACAUUGGGGUCCAAAUGCAUUAAAAUUUGAUCCAGAAAAUUUUCAUCCAGAUAAAAUAAAAGAUUAUCAUCCAUAUGCUUUUAUUCCAUUUACAAAGGGUUCUAGAAUGUGUGUAGGUUUUAAAUAUUCUUUUACAUUAAUGAAAAUUUUUGUAGCGAAACUUUUUAGAAAUUAUAAGAUUAGUGCAAAUAUGAAAUUUGAAGAUUUACAAUUUAUCGAAAAUAUUUCAAUUAAAGUAAAAACUCAUCCAACGUACAAAUUUGAAAAACGUUUCUUAAUAAUAACAUAUAUUAUUAAUUACAAGUACAAAUAUUGUGGGACACAUCAUAACUUAUUAUUAUGUCGUACCAUUGAUUAUGCAGAUAUUUUUUUCAAAAGUGAUUUUUUAUUAAUUUGGCAAGAAAAAACAAUAAAUACUAACACAAUGUUAUCCUUCUUAUUCAUAAUUUGUGCAAUAUUCUUAUAUUUUUGGAAGCAAAAACAAUUCUAUAUAAUGCAUUGGAAAUUAAAAGGAGAUUUGGGCCUUCCAAUAUUGGGAUCGUUAUUCAAUUUAAAUAAUCCAAAUAAAAUUUUAAAGUUUUUUAGUCAACUUGAACAAAAAUAUCAAUCACCAUAUGUUACUUGGGUGGGAACAUAUCCUAUGAUGGUGUCAAGUGAUCCUGAUACAAUGGAAACAAUUCUAACAUCACCUCAUUGUGUAAAUAAAAGUUUUGUUUAUGCAUUCUUGACGGAUUUAAUAGGCGACGGACUGUUUAGUUCAACAGUUCCAUUAUGGUAUUCAAGGGUUAAAAUUAUGAAACCAGCUUUUAAACGGAAAAUCAUUUUAAGCUUUUAUUCAGUUUUCAAUGAAAGUUCUUGGGAAUUAAUUGAUAAUAUCGAGAAAAAUGGCAAUAUUGAAGAUUAUAAUUUUUUCCAUGCAAUUCAAUUAAUUGCUUUAAAAGCUACAUUUAAAACAACCCUUGGAGAAGAAUACUCUGAAGUAAAAUGCGUUGAUUUCGAUGAAAUGUUAAAUAUCUUUAAAAAAUUGAUGGGUGGCAUGAUUGAAAGAAUUUUCAAACCCUGGUUUUUUGAUAGUAGAAUCUAUAAGUUUUCGUCUCACUAUAAUAAUACUAUCAGUUGUGUCGGACCACUUCUAAAAUAUCUUGACGAAAAAAUUGAGUAUAAAUGGAAAGAAAAUGAACUGGAAAAAUUGAAGACAAAAAAAUUUUUGGUCGUUGAUGAUGAUGAAGAAAAACCUUAUGUAACACCAGUAUCAUUUCUAGAUUACAUAUUUAAAAUUGAACACAAGAUGACACCAAUAAAUAUAAGAGAUGAAAUAAUUGUCCUUAUUGGUGCAGGUUUUGAAACUACAGCUGUUGCUCUUUACAUUACAAUAUUAUGUUUGGCUAUGCAUCCCGUAGAACAGGAACGGCUUUUUAAUGAACUUAUUUUAGUUUUCCCACAUAAAGAUUUUGAAGUGAAUGAAGAGAAUAUUAAAAGUGAUUUAGUUUUUACAGAAAUGUGUAUAAAUGAGUCAUUAAGAGUCAUUUCUCCAACUCCUCUUGUUGGUAGAAUUAAUAUAGAAGACAUAAAAUUAAAAGAUGGUACUAUAAUAAAAAAAGGAACAGAUUUUGUCUUAGAUAUUUUUAAUAUGCAACGUAGUGAAAAACAUUGGGGUCCAGAUGCAAAAAAAUUCAAACCUGAUAAUUUUCAUCCUGAUAAUUUAAAAUAUGUUCAUCCUUACUCACAUAUUCCGUUUACAAAGGGUCAAAGAAUGUGUAUAGGUUUUAAAUAUUCAAUAACAUUUAUGAAGUUAUUUUUGGCGAGAAUUUUUAGAAAUUAUAGAAUUACUACCGAUAUGAAAUUUGAAGAAUUAGAAUUUGUGGAAAAUAUUUCAAUGAAAUUUGAACGUCAUCCAAAAUUUGUAUUUGAGAAACGACAGUAGAUAUAUAUAAAAAUUAAUUUAAAUUGAUUGUAAAAGUUUAGGGUUAUUUGUAUAAUUUUGGAGUUUUUUUUAAAUUAUUUAUGAAAAUAUAGGUUUGUAACUAUAA